UCAUCUUGUAGUAGAGUAGUUUCACUCUCAGUCUCCGGCCCAUGUGCCACUGCCCUUUAGCCCCCUCUUCAGUCUUCAUAUUAGAGUUAGAGCGAGUGGAGGUAGAAACGCCUCCUCCCUCCCUACUCCCUACCUCCAAAUCUCCCUUUAUAUAUUCCAACCUUUCUUCCUUCCUUAUUCUCUUCCUCAUCAUUCUCGGUCACACCAACCAACCCCCACAAAUAUUUCUUUACUCUCACUCAUUCCUUUUGAGCCCCCCAAAGCCAAAGCCACAGCUCUUUUUGUUUGCUUUCCCCCACCACUCACUCUUCCUAGCUUGUGCUACUGCUAUCCAAUCCCAGCAAAAAAAAACAAAAACAACCAAACAAGAGCAGCUAGCAGCCAAGACGAAAAAGAAGAUGGAACAGGAGAUGAUGAACGGCGGGAAUAAUGUUGAUAGCAAUAAUAACAACAACAGCAGCAACGGAGUGAAAGGAAGCUUCCUGUGCAGGCAAAGCAGCAGCCGGUGGACGCCCACGACGGAGCAGAUAAGGAUCCUCAAGGAGCUUUACUACAACGAUGGAGUUAGGUCCCCGAGCGCGGAGCAGAUACAGAGGAUCUCCGCCGACCUCCGCAGGUACGGCAAGAUCGAAGGCAAGAAUGUCUUCUACUGGUUCCAGAACCAUAAAGCCCGCGAGCGACAGAAGAAGCGCUUCACCAACCAACCUGCCUCUGCCUCUGCCGUCGCCACCCACCACCCAAACACCCGCGCCGCCGCAGUUCAGCCUUCAAGUACUGGAGCGCUGGGGCAUGGGGGCGGCUAUGGAGGAUAUGCCUCUCUCACCAUGGAGAAGAGCUUUGGAGACUGUUCAAUCUCAUCAGCUGGAGGUAAUAGCAACAAAGUUGGGGGUGGGCAGUACAGCUAUGGCAAUGGCUAUGGCUAUGGCUAUGGCUAUGGCUGGGGAGGUUUUGAUCAUCACCCAUACAGUACUAGUAGUACCAACAACAGCUCUUUCUUCAUUCAUCACCAUGGCGCCGGCGCCCUAGAGGAAGAUCAUCAGGAUCACCAACAACAAGAGAUUGAGAUUGAGACGCUGCCUCUCUUCCCUACUCACCGCGAGGACCUCAUCAAUGGCUUCUCUGCCCCACCACCCUGUCCCUACGCCACCUGGUACGCCGCCUCCGAUCAUUGCCACGACGCCGCCGCCGCCACCAACUCAUUUGCUUCACUUGAGCUCACCCUCAACUCCUUCACCUCCCACUCUUCUUCUUCUAAUAUGUUCUAAAACUGCUACUGCUGCAUGCAUCAGCAUUGCUCCCUUCCCUUGGGACUCAUUACAUCAUAUCAUAUAUUCUCCUUCCUGCCUACGGAUUACGGCUUAGGCUUACUAAUCAUGUCAUGGGAUGGGCCCUUCUUACCUAUAAUUAAUUAAUUAUUAAUAAUAAUGUUAAUAGUCUAGUCGUAUGUUAACCAACCGACCGUUCUCUCUCUAUAUAUAUAU